ACGUAGGAGGUGAAAGGUGAACCCAGUGACAACAACAGCCCGGACAGUUCACGCUGCGCUUACAGGAGCAUGACGACGGGACCCGGACGCCGCAUUGUGUCGGCACACGUUUAAGUGGACCACAACACGAGCGAUGACUGCCGCAGCUGCCGGCGCGUAGGGAAACAGCGUCGCUCUCGCGAAACCACCAGGACCGCGGGGCAGAGACGGAGGCGCCCGCCGCACGGAAGCGCCAGCAGUGUUAGGCCCAUACUACAUUCCUCAUCGAGGUGAAAGUGUCAAUGAGCCUGUGGACAAAGGACAAACACGGCAGAUCGUUUGAGUGCACAGUCUCUGUUUCAGGAUGGCAGGAGUGUUCGACAUAGACUUGGAGACGGAGGACGUCAGCGACGCGGAGGAUGAUGUCUGUGUCUUCACUGCGACCGAACCAGACAAUGUUCAGACGGAGGAGGUGGAGCUGACCAGCGAGAGUGUGAACCGAGACAGUGAGCGAGUCGGACCCGACUGCUUUGAGCUUCUUACAGUUCUGGGAAAGGGAGCCUACGGCAAGGUUUUCCAGGUGAGGAAGGUUCAAGGAGCCCAGAUGGGGAAGAUAUUUGCCAUGAAGGUCCUGAGAAAGGCUAAGAUCGUGUGCAAUGCUAAAGACACGGCCCACACACGAGCAGAGCGGGAGAUCCUGGAAACGGUGAGACACCCGUUCCUCGUGGAUCUGCUCUACGCCUUCCAGACUGGAGGAAAACUCUACCUCAUCCUCGAGUGUCUGAGUGGGGGGGAGCUGUUCAUGCAGCUGGAGAAGGAAGGCAUCUUCAUGGAGGACACUGCUUGUUUCUAUCUAGGAGAGAUCAUAUUGGCCCUUGGUCACCUCCAUUCGAACGGGAUUAUUUACAGAGAUCUGAAACCUGAGAACAUCAUGCUUAAUCACCAAGGACACAUCAAGUUAACCGACUUCGGCCUCUGUAAGGAAUCGAUCCACGAUGGAGCGGUCACACACACCUUUUGUGGCACCAUAGAAUACAUGGCUCCAGAGAUCCUGACCAGGUCGGGUCACAACAGAGCAGUAGACUGGUGGAGCCUGGGCGCCCUGAUGUACGACAUGAUGACCGGAUCGCCUCCAUUCACAGCUGAAAACAGGAAGAAGACCAUCGAUAGGAUCCUGAAGUGCAAACUCAAUCUGCCCCCGUACCUGACCAUUGAUGCCAGGGACCUCAUCAAGAAGCUGUUGAAAAAGAAUCCAUCCCAGAGACUUGGCUCCAGUGCAGCUGACUGUGCUGAUAUCCAGAAACAUCUGUUCUUCAGGCACAUUAACUGGGAUGAACUGCUGAACAAGGGAGUGGAGCCGCCAUACAAGCCACAGCUGCACUCAGAUGAAGACGUGAGCCAGUUUGACACCAGGUUCACCAGACAGACACCAGUGGACAGUCCAGACGACACCUCGCUCAGCCACAGUGCAGAGCUUGCCUUUGCUGGUUUCACCUAUGUGGCUCCAUCGGUCCUAGAGAGUCUGAAAGAAGGCUUCUCGUUCGAACCCAGAACUCGACCUGUACGCCGACACAACAGCAGCCCGCGCACACCCAUCAGUCCCCUGAAAUUCUCUUCCGCCGGGCCCUUCAAGACCAGCAUUGACAGAGAGCCGGACGUCUUCUCCCCCACCUCUCCGCCAGCAGCUCCGGUGUCUGUGGCGCUGGAAAACGGAGCCGCCAGUCAGCCGAUCAGGACCCCGGCGAGGAACAAGAAGCAGAAGGCACAUCGGAGAUGAGGAGGAAAUAGCUGGCCUGUGCUGCAAGCCUUUGGUCAGAAUAAGGUGUUCUAGCGUAUUACAAGAGUUGAUGCUCAAAGCUGAAGGGUGUGGGUUUUCUUCUGGUAUAAUGCUUUUUCAAAGUGGUUUAACUUAGAGGUGUCUUUUUUUCCCACUGCGUCAUAUUCAUCUUAGAAAAUGAAAACAGAUACAGCACGACUUGGGGGGCUUACUGUCCAGCUCUUCUUGUCUGUCAUGUUGACUCUUCUAAAGGUAGAUCACUUCACACAGAUUUCACUGGACCCACAUGAAUUGUUCUUGCGUUCACUUUGUCAAACCUGUCUAAAGAAACUCGGUUUGAUCACUGUUCUCAGAGGAUCACUUUGUGUACAGCUGCACUUGUAGUUCUGUUACACUGUGGCAUGAACAUAUGGAAAAGAGUAACCUGUGUUAAAAUACCACUUUACAAAAAUCCAGAAAUGGGACAAUUUUAUUCACCAACUUCCCUGAAUGCAUUACAAGCAGUUAAGGUCAGGUGGACUGACUACUAGGCGCAUUAAUCUUGUAUGUACUGUACAUGCUAGUAAUUUUUGGUUUGAUUAGUUCAUUAGUUUUUAAUUAGUUUAUCAGAGUUUGUGAUAAGAGCUCUCCCACCACAGGCUGACGUUUUAAUUAGAAAGCUGAUGAAAGAUCUUUUGAUUAGACUCCUGAUUCUUUUCCAUUAUAAAAAUGUGAAAAUGACCUUCAGCUGUCAGGUUGUCUACAUUUUCUACUUUAGCUCAUAUGUCAUGUGCCGGCGUGGGACUGUAUCAUGAAAAACUACUGAAUGAAUGCUACAUUGCACAUGAGAUAAUAUAUUUGUGAUUUUUUGUUAGGACACUUUGUAUGGACACUUUUUCAGUGUUUCCCACUUCACAUCUCUUCAUGUCUCCUGCCAAAGUCUUUCAAGCUCGCUAUCCUCAUAUUGUAAAAAUGGACCAAUCAUAAUAUAGACAAGCAUAGGACACGCUGUAUUUAUUCAUAUGGAUCAAUAAGGAGGGUCAUAUAAACACAUGCAGGACAUCCAUGUACAGUCAAUGCUGUUAAAGUGGUGCUAUCAGAAAACACAUUUGUAAAAUAAAAGGAAAGUAUUUUGGGUUACAGAACAAACAUAUUUUUACACAUGAAACAUAGGUCAAAUACUAUUUCAUAAAAUAUAAAAUCCUAGAUAGUUAAAAGUUUUUGAUUGUCAUUGCCGGACCAAGUCAAACACUUAUUAAGAGCUUGGAUGGAUCGCUGAAAGGUUACAAGGUUCAUUUGAUGCCAAAAGUCUUUCAGCAAUUUCAUUUUUAUUUUUUAUUAGUGACUUGGUGAAAAAUUCUAACCAAAUCCUGGUGCAUGGCACUAUAUCGUGUAUUAUUUACAACAAAAAAGCACUUGCAUGAAUAUUAAGGAACGAUAAACACAGGCAGCUCCUCCAGGCAGCAGAGCCUUACGAAGUGUAAAUGUUGCAAAUUAAUUUAGGAUAAGAGACAUUUUGAAUGGCAAAAUAAUGGCUGUACUACACAGUGCAGUGACACAUUGAAAAUUAAAGAUAAUGGAAACAGACAGACAAGUAUUGUGUGUUGUAAAUAUGGAGAAAAAAUCAUGUGGUGGUCGUGUGAACAGUCCACAAGUUCACAUGAAUGACAGCAGAAGUAGGGAACGUGCAUUCAUUUGUUGGCUAAAUCUUCCAUUUUGUUUCCCGUCCAUCAUCAUCUUUAUGUAGAGUUAAAAAAACAAAAACAUUUUACAAGGUGUAAACUAUCAUUGGAAUUGUAUAGAUAUAAUAAUAUAUGUCCUAAAAUGAUGUAUGAGAGUAACACAAUGAAAUAGAUAAUCAUAUGAAUAAAUGCAGAUAGAAUAUGUAAUACAACCUUGUAAAUAUUGAAAAGAAUUCCAUAAAGUCAUGACUGCACAAGCAGCAUCUUAGUCAAUUGGUCUGUUAGUGGUCAUCCGGUCCACCGAUCGGGCCCAGACGUAAAACAUCUUAACUACUAUCACACUAAUCGAUGUGAAAGUUGGUGCAGACGUAAGUUUCCCUCGAGAUGAAAUGCAACAACUUUUUGUUGACUUUACAUCAUAAGUCAAAAUAUGAAUUGGUCCGGUAGUUUGGUUUCUAACCAAAUACCUACAAAACUAAUGACCAUUCCCAUCAGCCUCGCUUGAUUUGUAAUCAUGUUUUCAUCCUUACAGGCUAAAGGAGGCUGUUGAAUGUGGUAAAUACAACCUGCCAAACAUCAUCACGUUGGCAUUGUCAUGACGGAAAUAACAUUUCAUAAUAAGAUGGCUAAUAUGGAUAAACAAAAUGUCUGUAUUUGUUAAUAUGAUCGUUUGAUUAUAUUUUUUUAAUGUUGAACUCUUUGGGUCUCCAAAAGAAAGAUUCCCCUUUUAGUGCUCUAGUUCUUGGUGUUUUAGAAAAAGGACUGGCACAUGUUCUUUGUGAACAAGGUAUUUGUAAGGCUCACAAGAACACAGCCCCCACAAUCUCUAACAAUGUUGGCACACUUAUCAUUUAAUGUACAGCAGGAACAAGUGUUAAUUGUGUUCAGUUUUGUAUGAAAAGGAUUAUAAACAAUCUAAAAUAUUUAAUUGAAAGAAUGUUUUUCAGAUUAUUUCUCUUUCUUUUUUGUCAUGUAUUAUUUUCUGACAGAUGUUUAAGAAUAAAAAUGAAUUUAUUGCGGAA